UCGACCGUCGCGCCACACUGCUCUCGUCUCGCCAAUGGCGAGCCCGACGAGCCGCCGCCACCGCCGCCACGGAGAACUCUAGCGGCGAAACGGAGGUGCUUCCGCGUCCCUGCGCCGGCCGUUGCGGCCCUCCUCGCGAGGUCUCCAAGUCGAGAGACAUUCAGUUCGGGGAAGAGGGGGAAUCCAGCCUUCGGAGGCGCCAUGGCGAGCGAGCCCAAGGAGAUGAAGUACAGAAGGAGGGGCCGAGUUCCUGAGCCGGUCCAGUACGGGCAAUGCAGUGACCGGAGUGGCGUGUUGGAUUGGGGCGCGCUGAAGCAGGACCCCCUGGAGCUGCUCCGCAAGCUCGACGAGAUCCGGGACCAGAUCACCCGUUCCUGCGAGCUCACGGGGCAGCCGCCGGAGCGCCCCCGCAUGAGCCGCCGCACUAUCUCGCUGCGCCCGUCGCACGCCGAACCGCCGCCGCACGCGGGCCGGGGGCCGGAGUACUACCGCUCGCGCUACGCCGGCCGGUACAGGACUAGCUUACCGCUGAGUCCGUACGACCAAUGGCAGCGCUCCGUCUCUGACGAGACGUACGCGAGGCAGCCGAGCGGUCGGUUCCGACAAUACCCUGAUGGUCGGCGGGAGAACUCUGGCUUUGGUCAGGGGAGUCGCCAUCACAGCACUUGCCAAUGCGCGCAGUGCCUUCAGGGUCAGCGAGUGGUGGCGCCCGAGGAGCACAUUCCCAUGGCCAGGUACUUUGCAGGGCAGCAGGGGUCCUUUCGGUAUGAUAGGUCUCAGCCAUUCUCGUCGGAGCUUGACCGGAGAUCUGUGGCUUCAUCUCUGUACUCGGAUCCUUCCAUGUCGAAGAGGAGGGUGGAGUAUUUCAGGAAGAAAGCAGAGAAUUUUUGUCGGCCGUUAAGGGGUGCUGCACCUUUUGUUGUUUGCAGCUCCUGUUCCCAUCUUCUGCAGCUGCCUCAGGGGAAAUCCACAGGCCGCAAGAAGAAUCUGGUUCAGUGCGGUUCAUGUUCAGAGAUUAUUACUUUCAAGCCUAAGGAAGCGAAAGUCCAUCCGGUGACCCUGCCAUCGUCUUUCCCAGUACCUAAAAGUGUCAGAAGUACCAAUCGCCGGGGCCCCAAGAAUUCUGGGUGGUAUCAACAUCAGGAUGAUGACAAUUUUAAUUUCUAUAAACUGCAAGCACAUGACAGCCACGGACAGAAGAAGGAUUUUUCUGACAAUAUGUCACCAUCUUCUACCGCGAGUUGUGAUAGAUCAGACAGUGAGCACGGGUCAAGCAGGAGCAUUCAGUUAAAAUCACUGCCUGCAAGCAGGUCUAGAUUUUCAAAUGACCCAAAGGAUAUAUUAUGUCAAGGAGAUACAGGCAGUCCACAUGGUCCAAUUUUAGAGGACAAACAAAUUGAUCCAUUCUCCAGUCAACGGAAAGAUUAUAGUGGUGGAAAUGAAAUCAAAAGAAAGGAAUAUGACGUAAGUAUCAAAGCUGAUUAUGAAGCCAAUGGAGGUGAUGAAAGUCUUGGUAGGAAAUGCACACAGAAGAGUAAAGAAGGCCGUAUAGGGGUGCUUGAAGAUGAAUGCAGUAAUCGAAGAACACAUGAACGGAAAGGUAAACAUGGUAAUAUUGGAAGUCCUGAAGAUGGAAUUGUGGGUAACAAAUACAAACAUAAGACCAGUAAUGCUGUUACCAGCAGCCUUGAAGAUGAAGGUAUGAGCAUAAAGUAUGAACAUAAUGGUAGCUUCAGAGUUCAAGGCAUUAGUAAGAGAGAUGAAAAAUGCAACAAAAAGGAUGACAACAAUACUCUUGAAGUUGAGAGCAUAACUAAGAGAUGUGAACAAGAGAACAUCAAAGGUGACUCUGGUAAACUGCUGCACUCAGAUAGUAGAAACGGCAAUACACCAGCCAAGAAUGACUCAUUAGUUAAUGAGCGCACAAGUUCAAGUUCGCGUGUUUCAUCUGAGGCCGAGGUAGAUGAGAUACAGUCUUCAAUUGGUAAGAAUGGGGAUUCAUCCUUUUUAACUGGUUUCCUGAAGAAAGGUUUCAAGGACCUUUCUUUAUUCAACCAGUCUGCAGACAGUGCUAAGGUUUCAAUCAAUGGUCAUCCAAUCUCUGAUCGAACUCUCCGGAAAGCAGAGAAGAAAGCUGGUCCUAUUGGCCCUGGUUCAUAUUGGUACGACUACCGUGCUGGAUUUUGGGGUGUCUUUGGGCAAGAAUGUAGAGGCAUUAUCCCUCCAUUUAUUAAAGAAUUCAACUAUCCGAUGCCCAAGAACUGCGCUGGCGGGGAUACUGGAGUUUUUGUAAAUGGCAGAGAGCUCCACCAGAAAGAUUUUGAUUUGCUUGUAGGGAGAGGGCUCCCUCGUAUGUCUGGAAAGUCAUAUUCUGUAGAGAUAUCAGGAAAUGUAGUUGACGAUACGACUGGCAUGAAGUUACGUGGUCUUGGAAAGCUUGCUCCUACAAUCGAGAAAAUGAAACGUGGCUUUGGCAUGCACAUCCCUGAAGAGACAAGUUAGCUCUCCUGAGUCUCUGCUUUUGCUAAAGUUUUUUCACCUUGAAUCUGCCAGUUGGAGUCCAAAGUUUAAUAAUAUGUUGCCUGGUGACAAUGGAAGCAACUCUACAAUCAUGUCUUGAAGCCUGACCGCGUAGCAACAGUACGGCUCCAGAUGUUGAGAGAAGAAUUGGAAGUCAAAGCGCGUACUAAUUCAGCAUAUGUUGUUUCUUCGUGGCGGCGGCUCCAGGCUACGAUUCCUCCCGUCUCUUCCUUUUGCGAGAAUUCUGUACAUCUCGUUUGCUUGUGUUGUUGGUGCAAUUUACCACACCGUAGGUAGCAUUCGGCGCGUGUGAUUGUUAAGGGUUUGUGAUACCGUGGUGCAAUUCGCUUGCAAUAUAGUGUAUACCUAUAUGUAAAUAUUUUAUGCAUCGGCCUAAUGUCAAUGUCAGAUGGCUCUUUUGGGGUCGCCUGAUAUGAUCUUCCGUCCGCAUGU